AUGUCGACGUCCACGGUAGACGGCUCCGGCCCUGCACAGAUUCGCCCGUUAUCGGCUUCGCAAGAACGACGUCUUGUUGAUCACGUCGAGGAUAAAAUGCUGCAGAUAACGAGGUCUUACAAGAAACGAUCAUUACCAAUGUCAGACCUAUCCACCAUGAUCGACUACCUGAACGCGACGCACAGCGUGAUGUCCUUGAUACUUCAGAUCCCUCCCGUAGAUCCCUCUGCAUCUCUUCGCACGACCCUGCUGUUACGGCUCACCGGAGAAGCGCUGGCUUGCAUCCCGGGUUACGUACCCGACACACCGUCGCUCGUCGCCCUCCUCGAAUGGCUGGAUGACCUGGACAAGGGAUGGCUGGCUGUCCUCAGGCGAGAGCCAUGGGACCCAGCACUCAGAUCAGGCGUUGAGAUGCCGUGCACGGAAGACGAACAUGCGAAGCCUAUGACACAAACCGAGCGCACGCGAUUGCGCAGCUUGAUCAUGAGCGGGACGGAUACGCUGGAGGAAUGGCUUUCCACCCAGGACGUGGAGCGAGAGGAUUUCCGUCAAGCUCUGGAGAGGAUGGGAGCUAAACAAGGUUUCGACGACAUCUUCACCCGCACGCUCGGGGAAUUGGGCAGUCUGCAUGGUACUACGCUCCUACUUGACAACGGAGCAGGGCAUCCUCAAGCAACCGCAUGAUGACAUUUCCCCCUCACAUCAUACCCAAACGCUGUACUCAACAAUGUUGAACACUCAAUACAUACAGCACACAUAUGAUACACUAUUUCCA